AUUCAGCCUUUGAUCUUGAAUAAAAAAGGAGAAAGAACCGCCCACUGCCGUCUUCCACGGGUUUAUGACCCCGAUAACUUGACAUAUACGAGGGAGGUUAAGAUGUAGACCGACCUUAUCUCUAUCUAGGUCGAGAGGCUGCUUACAGGUUCUACCUAAAGGUAUAAAAGGACCUCGGCCUUUGCAUAGGAUGAGGAUCUAACCCUUUGGCGGUCAUGGUCUUAUGUAGUGGUAUCAAUCCAACAAAGACACCUUGAGAUGAAAGGUAAACAGCCGGCCAAAGAUAUAAUCAGCAACCUUCCUCAGAACAUAAUAGAAACCAUCUUAUGUCAUCUACAUAUAAGAGAUGCAGUAAGGACUAGUAUUCUCUCAAAGAAUUGGAGGUACAGUUGGACCCGAAUUCCUAAACUUGUGUUUGUUGAGGAUAUAUUCGAAGAAGAAUAUGAAUGGCGUCAACCGCGUAAUUUGAUGCACCUGGAAAGUAAAUUUCUUUAUGCCAUGUACCAAGUUCUGUUAAUGCACCAGGGUCCAAUACUGCAGUUCACCUGUGACAUGAGGGCAGGUCGAAACCGUUUCUUAAUUGAUCAAAUAAUACUUCAUUUGUCAAGGAGCAAUACUGUGACUGAGUUAAAACUUCAGCUGAAUGGAGACGGUCAUCCGUAUGUGUUACCGUUCUCUAUCUAUUCAUUGCAGAAAUUAACGUACCUACAUCUCUUUGAUUGUCGUAUAAGGCAUAAACCGACAUUCAGUGGAUUUGGUAGCCUUACAACUUUAUGCUUGCGGUGUGUAAGCAUUUAUGGAGAAACGCUUCUACGUCUUUUAUCCAAAUCACCGCUACUUAAGACUGUGACUCUGUCUCUUUUUUGCCGUGGUGAACACAUCUCCUUUAUUGAGCUAUUGGAGUGUUUACCUUUGGUUGAAAAUCUGACAAUUGCUAAUGAAUGGAUUGACAUGUGUUUAUUUGUAGAAGCAGGUCCACAAAAGCUUCCAAGCCCAUUAGUUCACCUUAAAUACGUGUCUUUAGAUAUGUGUUUCGUUAGUGAUCAUGGGUUAUCGUUGCUUUCUGUCUUGAUCAAAUCCUCCCCAAACUUGGAGAAAAUUAAUCUGCAGAGUCGUCGAUAUUAUAGAGAUGAGCUGUGUAUUGAAACAAACCCUGUUAAACUGGAAGAUUAUUCUGAUAUUUGGCUAGAGCAUCUGAAUGAAUUGAAGAUUGAAUAUUUUGCCAUGUUGAAGACUGAGUUGGAGUUUGUGAUGCUAAUCUUGGCCAAGUCACCUGUGCUAAAGAAGGCGAAAAUUGUCCUAGACACAGAGGUUACAAAGGUUGAAGAGAUGAUGUUAUCAAGAAUGCUCUUAAAGUUAUUCUUGGUCAAGUUACCUGUAUCACCCGUUGUAGAAAUCAGUGUUGAGCGUCUUCCCGGUGAUAAAAACUGAAAAACUAUUGUGUUUUGUUUUUGUACUAGCUAAUAAACCCGGGUUCAACCCGGGUAUAUUAA